CGCGGAUAGCGGGAGCCGGGCCUGAGCGGAUGGGCAGCGAGGACCCGGGCCCUGACCACCGUGCCCCUGGCUCCGUCCCGCCACGGGAGCGCAAGCCCCGCCCCUUCCGCCCGGCCGCCCUGAAAUAAUUGCUAGGAAGGCCUCCGUAGCCAUGGCGAGUUCUGACGUGAAACCGAAAUCCAUAAGUCGUGCCAAGAAAUGGUCAGAAGAAAUAGAGAACCUGUACAGAUUCCAGCAAGCAGGGUAUCGGGAUGAGAUCGAGUACAGACAAGUGAAGCAAGGCGCUAUGGUAGACCGCUGGCCAGAGACAGGCUACGUGAAGAAGCUUCAACGGAGGGACAAUACUUUCUACUACUACGACAAGCAGAGGGAGUGCGAGGACAAGGAAGUCCAUAAAGUGAAAGUUUACGCCUACUGACCUUCUCAUUCCUUUGGCUUGUCAAUCUUAUUUUAAGAAUUCAUUGUUAACG